AUGAAAGACAACGAAUGGGCUGAAAUUGUUGCUAAUAAAGAAAAGGAUAAUACAUGGUCAGGAGAUAUUGAACGAGAAGAUAAUCCCGAUUUUAAUAUUAUUCAUAAAAGAAAAAAUAAAAAUACGUUCAUUGACUUGAAGCAAACUUUUGCUACUACAGAUGAAAUAAGACCCUUCUUAGAAUCAAUGAACUAUGAACAACAAGAAGUAUUUUAUUAUGUUCGAGAAUGGUGUACAAAACGCUUACAUAAUCCUGAUGUCGAACCUCUUCGUUUGUUCAUUACGGGAGGAGCAGGCACAGGUAAAAGUCAUCUUUUGAAAUGUCUUCAUUACGAAGCAACGAAGAUUUUUUCUCGAAAAAAACACUUAGAACCUGAUGAAAAUAUUGACGAAAUUCAUACAUUGAUUACAGCUUUUACUGGUGCCGCAGCUGUCAAUGUUGGUGGAGUAACUAUUCAUAGUGCAUUCGGUAUUGGCACUCAAUCUAAUAGUUUAAACGAUCAUUUAUCUUGUGAUAAACUAAAUAGCUAUCGAUGUAAAUUACAUUCCUUAAAACUAUUAUUUGUUGAUGAGGUUUCUCUCAUUCAAGCAAAGCUUUGGGGUGCUAUGCAUGCUCGUCUUACUCAAAUCAUGGGUAUACAUUCGAAUACAGCUAUUUUCGGUAACGUUGGAAUAAUCGCUAUUGGUGACUUUUAUCAAUGUGCACCUGUUGCAUCUUCAAGUAUUUAUUCUUCUUUACUUUGGUCUGAUCAUUUUGAGUAUAUCGAACUCAAAAUCAAUGAAAGACAAAAAACAAAUAGUUCUUUUUCACAAAUGUUAAAUCGCAUCCGUAAACUUAAAAAGAAGGAAGAUAUGAGUAAAGAAGAUCGUGACUCACUUGAAAAAUGUCAUCAACGCUAUUUGCAUAAGGAAUAUCAUUCCGAAUCAUUACAUUUAUUUGCUAAAAAUAUUCAGGUGGAUGCACAUAACGAAGAGAUGAUUGAAAAAAUUUGUACCAAUAUUCAAACAUUUUAUGAAGUUAAUAGAAAUGAUAAAGAGAUAAAACAGAAUGAAUCUAAACAUACAAAAAAAAUAAAUAAAUCACUACGCCUUGCUAAAAAUGCUCGAGUAAUGAUAACUAAAAAUAUUUGUGUAAAUGAUGGAUUAGCUAAUGGUGUGACAGGUCGUAUUGUAGAAUUUGUAGAAAAUAAUAAUGCACACGUUUCUCAUAUAAUAAUCAAAUGUGAUUCACCUAAAGUUGGACGACUUCAUCGAGUUAGUUGUCCACAUUGUCAUGGACGUGAUACAAUAUGUGUAAUAAGAGAAAGUGACAGUAUUGAUCAACAAGAUUUUGAUGUACGAUCAAGGAAAGCAAUAAAACAAUUUCCUUUACGUCUUAGUUGGGCAAUGACUAUACAUAAAGCUCAAGGAAUAACAGUUGAUCAAGUUGUAAUUAGUACAAAAGAUUUUUUCGGUAGUGGGAUGGGCUAUACAGCAUUGUCUCGUGUUCGAACACUAGAAGGUUUAUUUCUUAUCGACUUACAUGUUGAUAAAUUUUAUUGUAAUGAAAAUGUUGAUAGAAUUCUUUCUCAAAUGAAAGAGAUCAAAAGAAAAACAUCGAUAUUUCGACAUUCUUCAGAAUUUUUAAAUAUACUAUUUCAUAAUAUUGAAGGAUUGAAAUGUAAUUUCAAUGCACUCAGAAAUCAUUAUCUUACUUGGCAAGCAGAUUUGAUUUGUUUAACUGAGACUUGGUUAAAUAAUAAUAGCCAAAUAGAUAAAUUCAAAAUCAAUGGUUAUACUCUUAUUCAUAAAUCACGAUCAUGCUCAUUGUCUACAAAUCAUCCACUUCACUCACAAAAAGGUGGUGGUGUUGCUAUUUAUUUUCGAGACGACAUGCCUAUCAAGACAAUAGAUUCAACUGAAUAUUUAGAUCUUGAACAUAUUACUUUAAAAUUAGAAAAAGAAAAAAUCAUCAUAAUAGUUUGCUAUCGGUCACCUCAAGAAGCAAAAAGAAAUUUUAUAGAAAACCUUAUACGUCAUUUAAAGCAAUUUGAUAGUAAUGAACGUAUAUUGAUUCUAGGUGACAUGAAUGAAAAUAGUUUUCAAACUAAAUCAAAAAAUAUUGAGAGAUCAUUGAAAAAGCUAGGUUUUGUAAAUACAUUUAGACAUUUAGCUACUACUAAUAGCUUGACAAGUCUUGAUUCUGCAUAUUUAAAUUUUGUACCAUGCGAAAAAGAAUGCCAACAAGUCGUAGAAACCUUUUAUAGUUUUCAUGAAGCAUUGGCUUUAUCAAUUAACAGUAUCAAAGAUAAAGUACAUAAUUAUAUUGAAACUGAAGAUGACAGUGAUGAAAGAAUGGAAGUAAAUUCAAGUUCAGAAUCAUUAUCAUCAAUCAUUAGAAUUUCUAAUAAUUCAAACAAACGUAAAAGUACUUCAAUAGGAAAAAAAAAUAAUAAAAAAUUUAAAAAUAAAACUCUUGUACCAGUUAUGGAUAAGAAUAAUAAUAAUGCGAAUCAUGAUCAAAAAAAUCCUGAUUCAAGCAAGAUAACUGAUGUAAAUAAAUCUCCAAGCACGCGAGAGUUAGAAUUUCUCUCAAAUCUAAAAGAAACAAUACCACUCAACAACUUAACAAUCGAUGAUUUCAGAUUUCAUUCAUUAACCGAACAAUUGAGAGGUUUAAAUCUUCGUACAAUAACAAUUGUUGGUGAUGGUAAUUGUUUCUUUCGGGCUAUAUCUCAUCAGCUUUUUGAUACUCAAGCAUAUCAUCGUAGAUUCAGAUCUGAUGCAAUUACGUAUAUUACACGAAAUAGUGCUGCAUUUGAGUUUUUUGUCAGCGGUGAAGACGAUACUAUUUAUGAUUACAUUCAUCGUAUGAAGAGAAACUAUACAUAUGCAGAUCAUUUGAUUAUUAUGGCUACAGCUUCUAUUUUGAAUCAAAAUAUAAUCAUUCAUGAAUAUGGUAAACGUCCAUUGCUAAUACCUGGAUCUGAUUAUAUUGAUCGACAACUUCACAUUUCAUAUAAUCCAUAUAAUCAACACUACGAAAGUGUUAAAGAUUUUGAUGGAGCUAUUCCUAUUAUGUCCUUUGAUGAUUUACAAUUAACCUAA